GCUGCGAGGAGGGAGUCCGGGCAGGGCUUGACCCGAGGACCCCCAGAGCUGGCGGAAGCUGGACCCAGAGGUACCUGGGGCCCCAGGCCCUGGGGUGGGGUUACUGGAGAAGCCCCACUGGUGGCCCUUUCCCUGGGCCGGGUCAUGCGUUGCCGCAAGUGCCAGCUCUGCCUGUCAGCGCUGCUCACACUGCUGGGCCUCAAGGUAUACAUCGAGUGGACAUCCGAGUCCUGGCUUAAAAAGGCUGAACCCCGGGGCGCUCUGCCCAGUCCCACACCACCCAAUGCUGAGCCCACUCUGCCCACCAACCUCUCAGCACGCCUAGGCCAGACUGGCUCACUGUCCUCUGCUUACUGGAACCAGCAGCAGCGGCAGCUGGGAGUCCUGCCCAGUACGGACUGUCAGACUUGGGGGACUGUUGCUGCCUCGGAGAUCUUGGACUUCAUCCUGUACCCCCAGGACCUUCGGCGCUUCUUGUUGUCAGCAGCCUGUAGGAGCUUCCCACUGUGGCUGCCUGCAGAAGGCAGCCCUGUGGCCAGCUGCUCUGAUAAGGAUGUACCCUACUUGUUACUGGCUGUCAAAUCAGAACCAGGACACUUUGCAGCACGGCAGGCUGUGAGGGAGACCUGGGGCAGCCCAGUUGCUGGGACUCGGUUGCUCUUCCUGCUGGGGUCCCCCCUAGGAAUGGGGGGGCCUGACUUAAGAUCACUGGUGACAUGGGAAAGCCGGCGCUAUGGUGACCUACUGCUCUGGGACUUCCUGGACGUUCCCUACAACCGGACACUCAAGGACCUGCUGCUGCUGACCUGGCUGAGCCACCACUGCCCUGAUGUCAGUUUUGUCCUGCAGGUUCAGGAUGACGCCUUUGUGCACAUCCCAGCCCUGCUGGAGCACUUGCAGACUCUGCCACCCACCUGGGCCCGCAGCCUCUACCUGGGUGAAAUCUUCACCCAGGCCAAACCGCUUCGCAAGCCUGGAGGACCCUUCUACGUGCCGAAGACCUUCUUUGAAGGUGACUACCCAGCCUAUGCGAGUGGAGGUGGUUAUGUAAUCUCAGGACGCCUGGCCCCCUGGCUGCUGCAGGCAGCAGCUCGCGUGGCCCCCUUCCCCUUUGAUGAUGUCUACACUGGCUUCUGCUUCCGUGCCCUGGGCUUAGCACCCCGUGCCCAUCCAGGCUUCCUCACAGCCUGGCCAGCAGAACGUACCAGGGACCCCUGCGCCGUUCGAGGCCUGCUCCUGGUGCAUCCAGUCAGCCCUCAGGACACCAUUUGGCUCUGGAGACAUCUGUGGGUCCCAGAGCUCCAGUGCUGA